AUGUGUUACAACUACUACGGGAACUCCUAUGGAGGCUGUGGCUAUGGUUCCAGCUGUGGCUCUGGCUGUGGAUAUGGCUUGGGCUGUGGCUAUGGUUCCAGCUGUGGCUCUGGCUGUGGAUAUGGCUUGGGCUGCGGCUAUGGUUCCAGCUGUGGCUCUGGCUGUGGAUAUGGCUUGGGCUGCGGCUAUGGUUCCAGCAGUGGCUCUGGCUGUGGAUACAGCUCUAGAUGUGGCUCUGGCUAUGGAUAUGGUUUAGGGUAUGGCUGCGGAUAUAGCUCUGGCUGUGGAUAUGGAUCUGGCUGUGGAUAUGGUUGUGGCUAUGGCUCUGGCUGCUAUGGUUACAGACCAUUUUACUAUAGAAGGUGCUAUACCUCUUGCUGCUAA